GCAAGGUCACACUCUAGUAAAACCCAAAUUUCCCACUGUAUCUGUGAAUUAAAUUGUUAAUUAUUGUUUUGUUUAAUUAGUAUUAAGAAGUGAACAAUGUUAUCGUAGUUUAUCAACGUGAAUAGUUCUUAUCUCCUCGCACCGGCUUUUAUGUCACAUAUUUGUCGACUUUCCUGUCGACACGACGAAAUUUGCGCGUUGAGAAAUGUUUACGAUAGCUCUGGCCCUUGUUGUACUUUGUGCAUUGUACUGGUACGGUACAAGGACCUUUAAAUAUUGGGAGAACAAAGGAAUCAAACAUGACAAACCUGUACCAUUCUUCGGCAACAGUAUGCCUUUAUACUUAAUGAAGAAAAGUGUAACGCAAAUGUGUACCGAACUUUACUGGAAAUAUCCAAAUGAAAAAGUCGUGGGAAAUUACGGAGCCUCGAACCCCGAAUUAAUUGUAAGGAAUCCAGACUUUGUAAAGCGUAUCCUCAUAACUGAUUUCGCGCAUUUCUAUCCGAGGGGUCUCAAUACCCAUAAAACUGUUGUCGAGCCUCUGCUCAGAAACCUAUUUUUUGCUGACGGCGACUUGUGGAAAUUAUUAAGACAACGUCUAAGUCCUGCCUUCACGAGCGGAAAAUUGAAAACGAUGUUUCCGCUCAUUGUGGAGCGCGCCGAGCGCCUGGUGGAUAAUGCGAUCAACGCACCACCGGCUGGGCGCGUGCUGGACUCCCGCGAACUGAUGGCGCGCUACACCACGGACUUCAUCGGCGCUUGCGGCUUCGGCCUUGACGCUAAUUCCCUCAAUACGGAAGAAUCUGCGUUUAGAAGACUCGGUGCUAAAAUAUUUCAAACUAGGGUUCUUGACAUUUUUAUUCAAAUGUCGAAGGAAAUGUUUCCCGAGAUAUGCAAACAUCUUAAAGUUCUUGGAAAAGUUGAAAAAGAUGUCAUCUCUUUAGUUCAGAGCAUUGUUAAAGAAAGAAAUUAUGAACCUUCUGAUCGAAACGAUUUUAUAGACCUACUCCUAGAAUGUCGAAGAAAAGGCAAAAUGGUAGGAGAGUCUAUAGAGAAGAGAAAAACUGACGGAAGUCCUCAAGAAGUGUCGUUGGAUAUGGACGAUUUCCUCAUGGCCGCUCAAGUGUUUGUGUUCUUUGCAGCGGGCUUCGAAACAUCAUCUUCCGCUACGAGUUUUACAUUACAUCAGCUGGCAUACCAUCCUGAGGUGCAGAAAGAAGUGCAAGAAGAAAUCGACAGCGUAUUAUCAAAGUACAAUAAUAAGCUUUGUUACGACGCAGUGAAUGAAUUAAAUUAUUUACAUUGCGUCUUUAAAGAAGCACUACGAAUGUUUCCGUCCUUAGGCUUUCUGAUAAGAAAGUGUGCUAGUCGGUACACAUUCCCGGGGUCGGAUCUCACGAUAGACGAGGGUGUAGCGGUAUUGAUCCCUGUGCAAGCGUUUCACAUGGAUCCGCAAUUUUUUGAUGACCCAGAAAUGUUUAAGCCAGAACGAUUUUUGUGUGAUUUCAUUAAUCCAAUGACAAAAAACGUAUAUUUGCCAUUUGGAUCAGGGCCUAGAGCAUGCGUAGGAGAGAGACUGGGUCUGAUGCAGUCACUGGCUGGUCUGGCGGCGGUGCUGUCACGCUACUCGGUUGAACCCGCGCCGCAAUCGCUGCACCAUCCUAGGAUCGACCCUUCUUCUAAUAUAGUGCAAAGUGUUGUUGGAGGCUUGCCUUUAUUGUUUAGACCGAGAGUAACGUGAAACAUAUACUAUGAUAAAAUGUUAGUAUAGAAUUUUGU